UCUGAGGUGCGCCUGCGCAGUGGCCAUCUCUCAAGCUUCCUAAGGCGAGCGCAUGCGCAGUGCCGUCGGGCGGUGUCGGUUCCGGGUAAAGCAGCAGCAGCAGCACUAAGGAGCGGCUGCAGGGGGUUCUUCAGAGGAUCGGCCAUGUCGGCAGCGACAGCAGCAGCGCCCGGCGGGGCAGGAGCCGUGCCCGGGGCGCCGAGAUUGGGCGUGGAGACGGUGAAAGGGCAGGUGUUCGACGUGGGCCCGCGCUACACGGACCUGCAGUACAUCGGCGAGGGCGCCUACGGAAUGGUGUGUUCUUCUUAUGACCAUGUGAACAAGAUUCGAGCUGCCAUCAAAAAGAUCAGUCCCUUCGAGCAUCAAACCUAUUGCCAACGCACACUGCGCGAAAUAAAGAUACUACUUCGCUUCAAACAUGAGAAUGUCAUCGGCAUCAAUGACAUUUUGCGUGCCCCUACUAUUGAUCAGAUGCGUGAUGUAUACAUAGUUCAGGAUUUAAUGGAGACAGAUCUGUACAAGCUGCUAAAGACCCAGCAACUCAGCAACGACCACAUCUGUUACUUCCUCUACCAGAUUCUCAGAGGGCUGAAAUACAUUCACUCUGCCAAUGUGCUGCAUAGGGAUCUAAAGCCCAGCAAUCUUCUCAUCAAUACCACAUGCGACCUGAAGAUCUGUGAUUUUGGCUUGGCCCGAAUUGCUGAUCCAGACCAUGACCACACAGGGUUCUUGACAGAAUAUGUUGCCACCCGCUGGUACCGAGCCCCUGAAAUCAUGCUCAAUUCCAAGGGCUACACCAAGUCCAUUGAUAUAUGGUCUGUGGGCUGCAUCCUGGCCGAGAUGCUGUCAAACCGACCCAUCUUUCCUGGCAAGCACUACCUGGAUCAGCUUAACCAUAUCCUGGGUAUUCUAGGUUCCCCAUCUCAGGAUGACCUGAACUGCAUCAUCAAUAUGAAGGCGCGCAACUAUCUCCAGUCGCUGCCCCAAAAGCCCAAGGUACCCUGGAACAAACUGUUCCCUAAGGCAGAUCCCAAAGCUCUAGACCUGUUGGACAAAAUGUUGACCUUUAACCCCAACAAACGCAUCACAGUGGAGGAGUCCUUGGCCCAUCCUUACCUAGAGCAGUACUACGACCCCUCAGAUGAGCCGAUUGCUGAAGAGCCAUUCACUUUUGACAUGGAGCUGGAUGAUCUUCCCAAAGAGAAACUGAAAGAACUGAUAUUUGAGGAGACGGCACGCUUCCAGCCUGGCUAUCAAGGUCCCUGAGGGGUUGUUUGGACCAUUGGUCUCUGCUUCAACAGGAGGUGAUUUGGGACUGUACCCGCUCCCCUAUCAGAUUUUUGAGGGGAGCACAGGAUUCAGGGAGUACCAAUUUGGGGGUGCCCCUGUUGACUUGCUGUACAACUGCGCUUUGCUACGUGGCUGUGAACCCUGGUAACCCAUCUCUGGUCCCCCUUAAUGUGAUGUGUUGGGGUGAGACCCUGGUGCCCAGGUUGGGAAAGGGGAGGGGCUGCUCCUCUCCUCUGCAGGAGGGAAGGGAAAUCGGUUGCCCCUACCCUCUACGCCCCCUUUGGAGAAAUUGAAGGGGGAGCGUCAUCUCCUCUUUUUUGGCAUUUUAUUGUCUUUGUUAAUGAGUUAAUAAACUAAUGCUAAUUUUAGCAGGGCCAUUUUUGAUCCCUUGGGCAUUAUUAACAAGGGGAGUUGAACGUAAAAUUCCAGCUCCUGGAGUCUCCUUCCAGUAAUCCGCUUGAACCUCACUACCCUUUGAAAGCUGGGGACAGAACCCAAAGAUUCUGGCUCAGUUUUGCACAAAACUCUUCAAGAACACAGGGGCCCCAGUUCCUCCAUGCACAAAUGGAGGGCACGUCUAUGCUGGCUUUUGUCCUUGGGUUAGUGCCAUUUUGAAAUGUCUGCAGUUGCACAUCUGACUAUAUUCAUCGCUGUGGGUCCCAUCUGGUAUACAGUGCAAGCUAAGAUCCAUCAGAUGCUGAAAAGUGUGCUUGGUUUGAAGAAGGGCACAUGUCUGCCCCUUCUGCUUUAAAUGUGUUGUUUUGAAAAGCUGUGCAGCUGGCAAAGAGGUUUUUCAGUGUCCUCUGAUUCCUUCAAUUGGUGAGGACAGAGUUCGUAGAUGUCUCCCUUGCUUCCUCCCCCUACCUGCAUCUAUUUGAGAAAUUGGACAGCUGAGUAUGCAAACUCUUACAUGCCUCGAUAAAUAAAUUGGCCCCUGCAACAACAUGGCACUUUUGUCUUCUUGCUGCUAUGAACUAACAUGGCUGCCCUCUAAUUCUCCACUCCUUGAUAAUAUUUUUAAAUAACUAUGUGUAUUUUAACACCCAGUCUCUACCAUGCAGAACAAAUUCCAAAAAUAGUUGAGCCUGCAGUGAUCAGGAAACAUUAAUUUAAAAGGGAGAGGAAAGACUGGGAAGAUAAAGGAUAAUCUCUGUGUGUCCUGAGGGGAUGGCCCAGCUAUCCCAUAACAACUGGCCAGCUUAUAGGUGGAGGAGGCAUUUUAGAUACAUGAGCAGUAAAAUAAGCAAGUUAUUUGUUCUGGCAUCCACUGAAAGUGGAAAUGAAGCCACUUCAUUUCAAAUUGAGCCUUAAAGGAGUGCCACUUCUCAGAUGGAUUAACCUUUUAGGCCCUUUCAUACGUGCGUCACUUUGGAUAAAUUAAGACUGUUGGAACCUUUUGGUUCCCAAAGGAAAAUUCUGUAUGUAAAAAGUGCAAAAAGUCAUUGUUUCUUUAGCUUUCUGGCUGAGUGAGAAGGAAGCUUCUCUGUUCAAACAGGGUUGCCUGGACCCUUCUCCUCCGGUCAAGUGUUCUUCAGUGUGUUGGGUUACUCCUCCCACCAUCCCUAGCCCUUAUGCCAGUGAUGGCAGGAAUUGUAAUACAAUACAUCUGGAGGGGUCCAGUUGGAGAAGCCUGAUCUUGAACUUAUGGUGACACAGGAUGGGCUUUCUUUGUGGAUGUUAUAUUCCGAGAGAAUCUGGAUUGAAGGGAUUUAAUGCCUCCCCAACCUCUCCUGCUUUGAAUUGUAUAAAGACCCUGAAAUAAAUCAUUCCUUUAUUCCUUCCA